UUUUUUUUUUUCUAAUGCUAAAAUCGUAGUCCUUUUUCUCUUCACACUGUUAGUGUUCAGUUACAGUCACUGGUUAUAUUCUUUUUCUAUAUUUUGUUUUUUCUUUUCAUAAUAUGGGUUGAUUCUCGUAGAUGAAUCGAACUUAUUAGCAUAUCGCUUGAACAGUGUAAAUGGAUUGAUCAGUGAAAGAUUUGUCGACCCAGUUCGUUUUUCUGCUUGUUUGGGUAUAAAAUUGGCUGAUCGGUUGGUGAUAAGAUUGUGAAACUUGAUCGAAUUCUUUGUUUUAGAUUUAUAAGCAGAAACAACAAGACCUAAAUGGGUAACUUUAUUAAAGAGCUUACUCUUUUGUUGCAAAAUGGAAUAUUUAGAUCUUGGUAAAAUUUAUGAUUUAAUUCCUCCUGAAAGAAUAUAAUGGUUGCUUCUUACUGCUUUCUUGUGUGUUUGAAUUAUUGUCAUAGGCAAACAAAUGGAGAAUGUAGUGCUGGUAGCUGCUGGCAUGGUUAAUGCGUCAGCAUUGAAGUUCUGAAUUUGGUCUCAUUAUAAGGUCAAAGCAAUGUCAGCUUAUGCACAUCAAAUGGAGAGGGAGUUCUCUGCUCACGGUCUCUCUAGUAGAGGAGGCUCUGAGAUGGAAAGCCGUUAUGAGGUAGAGUCAGGGUUCUACAUGACAUCCUUUGCUGCAAUGAUCUUCAUGGGUGCUCUUGUAACUGUUGGAGUUUUAUUCAUCACCUUGCUGAUUGCUUUAACAGUAAUGUUGCAGUCCUGUCAGAAUAGAAGUAAAGGUGUUAUUGAGAUUCAAAAGCUAAAUGAUGAUUAUAACUACUGCAAGAUUUUUGCCAUAUAUGCAGAGCUCAACAACUUGAGACAAAUUGAAUUCCCUACAAUUUGCAUGAGUCUCGCUAUGCAGCACAUCAUAGAAAGUCAAUAUGGAAGAGAUUUAAACAGUACUAUGUGGUUAGUUGAUAAAUACUUUGACAGUUUCAUGCCAUUAAAUGAUGGUCUAGACGUGGUAUUGAUGGACCUAGAUGAAUUUCUUCCUUCAAUUCCUCCUUAUGCCUAUCCCUUGAUGCACAGGUUAAAUCAGCACAGUCAUCACUGUUUUGAGGAAGCAAAACAUUUGAAGCAAAGACUUCUUCUAAGAUUAUACAUAAAACUUCAAACUAGAGGGUGGUCUUUGAUUUUAUUAUCAAGAAGGCCAGAGACACUACGGAAUGCAACCAUAUAUCACCUUACCUCUGCAGGUUACAAAGGUUGGUUGUCCGUGAUCAUGAGAUUGAAUGAUGAAAUGGAAAUGGACGAUCGUCAAUACCUUUCAAAACGGAGAAUGGUGCUGCAGAAAGAAGGCUUCCGAAUCUCAGGCAUAAUUAGCAGCCAGAUGGAUAGUUUGACAGGUCCAUUUUCAGAACAGCACAUUUUUAAGCUUCCAAAUCCUAUGUAUUACUGUUUCAAUCUUCCUGUAAAUAACACGGGUGAGCAAAAAUAGAUCAUUUCCGAUGGCCGCAUCUGAUUUAUUAUUUAUAUGUGAAUAGUUUUCAGUUUCUCGUAGUCAAGUCAACUAGUACUCUGUUGUAUAUAAAUAUUAUCAUUUAAUGAUAUUUCAGUUUGUUAAUAAUUAAUAAAA